UCCCUCUUCGUCCGCCUCGUCCCCUGCUGCCUUUCCCCUCCCCGUCCUCUCCUGCCCGGGCCACCCACCCAGUCGCGGAUCCAGAUCCGAUCCGGCGAUGGCGUCCACGGCGGCGAGGCGGCUGCGGGAGCUGCAGGGGCAGCAGGGGAAUAAGACCUGCGUGGACUGUGCGCAGCGGAACCCGCAGUGGGCGAGCGUCUCCUACGGGGUGUUCAUGUGCCUCGAGUGCUCGGGCAAGCACCGCGGCCUCGGCGUGCACAUCAGCUUCGUGCGCUCCGUCACCAUGGACUCCUGGACCGAGGCGCAGCUCCGCAAGAUGGAGGCCGGCGGCAACGACCGCCUCAACGCCUUCCUCACCGCAAGGGGCGUGCCCAAGGAGACGCCCCACCUUGCCAAGUACAACUCCAACGCCGCCGCCGCAUACCGCGACCGCAUCGCUGCGCUCGCCGAGGGCCGCCCGUGGACCGACCCGCCCGUCGUCAAGGAAACGCCCGGAUCUGGCGCGCCCGCCCCAGCUAGGAAGCCGCCCUUGCCCGCCUCUGCUGCCUCCGGAGGCGGCGGCGCUGGUGGGUGGGACGACUGGGACGACGACUUCCGGCCGGACAUGAGGCGGAACCAAUCGGUGGGGUCGUUCGGCGCCGCGGGGGCGGAGUCGGGGAGGCAGCCGCCAAGGUCCAAAUCGACAGAGGACAUGUACACGAGGCAGCAGCUGGAGGCGUCGGCGGCAAGCAAGCAGAGCUUCUUCGCCAGGAGGAUGGCGGAGAACGAGUCGAAGCCUGAGGGGAUCCCGCCAUCCCAGGGCGGCAAGUACGUCGGGUUCGGAUCCAGUCCAGCUCCGUCAGCGAAUAGGAACGCCGGCGGCGCCCAGGGUGAUGUCUUGCAGGUCGUCUCCCAGGGAUUUGGUCGCCUUUCCCUAGUUGCGGCAUCUGCUGCCCAAUCUGCCGCCGGUGUUGUCCAAGUUGGCACAAAAGAAUUCCAAUCAAAGUUGAGGGAAGGGGGCUAUGACCAGAAGGUGAAUGAAACUGUCAAUGUUGUUGCCAAUAAAACUGCAGAGAUUGGAAGCAGGACCUGGGGGAUUAUGAAAGGAGUAGUGGCGUUGGCCUCACAAAAGGUUGAGGAGUAUGCCAAGGAAGGAGGAGCGAGUGGCUGGGGAGAUGAUUGGCAACGCAGGGAGCCGAACAGUGAGCCUUACCAAAGGUUUGAGCACGAGACCAACGGAAACGGGUGGAAAUCUUCACAGAAUUCUUCAUCAAAGAAUUACAAUUCCAAUUCUUGGGAUGAUUGGGACGACCAAGGCAGGAAGGAUGAGCCUGCGAAACCACACCAGGGCAGUGACUCCUGGGCCGGCUGGGACGAUGUGAAAGAUGACAGUUUUGAUAGUUAUAAUCACAGCGUCUCCAACAAGGGGAGCAAUCAGAACGGGACCUCCACCUGGACGGAAGGCGGCUUCCACUGAAGUAAGUUUCUUUUCAUAGAGCUAUACAUGCAGAGUUGUUCUAUGCCAGAAAACGUGAGCUCCAGUGGUUGGUCUUAUUCAGUAUACUGAAACGGUCGAGUAAAAGGGUUUCUGUUUUUGUAGGAUGCCUACAACUGUUAUGUCUAGCGGUAUAUUUUUGUGGUCAAGGCUCAUUUGAAACUGCCAUCCAAAUUACUAAGGGAUGUCGAUUUGAAACUGUAAUUUACACAAAACUUCCUCGAAUAUCCUUUAUUGCUUC